AUGCUAUCACAAACUCUGCGCCCUCGGGGUGCAUUAACCAGAGCAAUCUAUGGCUCUAUUGCCCUGACAGCCUCGGUCGCUUCGGCUGAUAUCUUUGACGUUUUGGACUAUGUUGACCCUUUGAUUGGGACGGCCAACGGAGGCCAUGUAUUCCCUGGAGCAACCUUGCCUUUUGGCAUGGCAAAGGCUGUCGCAGAUACAGUGGGCGAGAACCAGGCAGGCUUCGCCUUUGAUACCACAGUUGUCACCGGGUUCUCCCAUAUGCAUGACUCCGGCACUGGCGGAUCCCCGUCCUUGGGAAACUUUCCAAUCUUCGCUCAGCCUUCUUGCCCGAAUGAUGAUAUCAACCAAUGCAAAUGGCAGCUCAACGACAGAGCAGUGGCUUGGGAGAGAAACUCGGUCAAGGCCCACCCGGGAUACUUUAGCAUCUCGCUGGCCAACGGUGUUCAAGCUGAAAUGACGACAACCAACCGAUCUGCUCUGUAUCGGUUCACCUUUGACGGGGCAUCAUCAGACUCGCUGAGUCCAGUAGUGCUAGUGGAUUUGAUAGAUCUACCCCAGUCGCGAAGUAAUGGAACCGCCGACGUUGAUUCCUCCACCGGCCGCCUGACUGGAAAUGGCACUUUUAAUCCCAGCUUCGGUAUCGGAAGCUAUGAUCUCCAUUUUUGUGUCGACUUCAAGGGUGCGGAGCUUCGUGACACCGGUGUCUGGACCAAGAAUCGGGCCAAUAUAACCAGGAAAACCGUUUCUUUAAGCGCCGAUGGCACAAAUACCCCCGCCACCCUCUCAGCCGGUACAUUCGUUCGAUUCCACAGCCCGAAAGACAACACGAUCCUAGCUCGUGUGGGAGUGAGUUUCAUGAGUGUCAACCAAGCAUGUGCUAAUGCGGAGCGGGAACAACCCGACUUUGACUUUGAUGGCACUAGGGCUGCAGCUGAGACUGCCUGGAAGAAGAAACUGAAUGUCGUGUCUGUUGACGCAGAUGGAGUCUCGAAAGAUCUGCAAACAGUCUUCUGGAGCGGAUCAUACCGGUCUCUGAUUAGUCCUCAAGACUAUACCGGGGAGAAUCCCCUUUGGGAAAGCGAUGAGCCGUACUAUGAUAGCUACUACUGUAUUUGGGACUCCUACCGGAGCAUUCACCCUCUACUAACACUGGUCGACCCUCUAUCGCAAUCCCUGAUGAUGCGAAGUCUCCUUGACAUUUACCGCCAUGAGGGGUAUUUGCCUGAUUGCCGGAUGUCUCUUUGCAAGGGCUAUACCCAGGGAGGCUCUAACGCCGAUGUCCUCAUGGCCGACGCGUAUUUGAAAAAGGUUGAAGGAAUUGACUGGGACACUGCCUACGAGGCCGUUGUCAAGGACGCAGAAGUUGAGCCCGCAAACUGGAAUGUUGAGGGACGUGGUGGCCUGCAAAGUUGGAAGAGUCUGGGAUACAUCCCCACUGACGAUUACGAUCCUGACGGCGUGGGCACUCAUACUCGCAGUAUCUCGCGAACUGUGGAAUAUGCCUACAACGACUUCUGUAUUGCCGAGAUGGCGAAAGGCAUGGGUAAGCAAGCCGACUACGAAAAGUAUACCACUCGCUCGGGUAACUGGGCACACAUGUUCAAGGCGGAUCAAAAGUCUAGCAUCAACGGCGCGGACACCAACUUUACUGGAUUUUUGCAGCCUCGCUACACGAACGGUACAUGGGGAUAUCAGGAUCCCAUUUUUUGCAGUCCCCUGCUAAAUUUCACUUCCUGCUAUCUGAAUCCCGAUGGUCAUGAGACUUAUGAAGGAAGUUCUUGGCUUUAUACCUUCUAUGCUCCACAUGAUAUGGGAGCACUUAUCCAAACCCUUGGUGGGGCAGAGCAAUUCAUCUCACGAUUGGAAUUCCUUCACGAAUCUGGCCUUCUUUAUGUGGGCGAUGAACAAGCAUUUUUGACCGUCUUCCAGUUCCACUAUGGCGGGCGUCCUGCCCUGUCUGCCAAGUACAGCCAUUUCUAUAUCCCGUCACAAUUCAAUACCACUACCGCUGGCAUCGCAGGCAAUGAUGACAGUGGUGCCAUGGGCUCGUUUGUUAUGCUGAGUAUGAUGGGUCUCUGGCCUGUUCCUGGGCAGGAUGUCUACCUGAUCACACCGCCAUACUUCAAGGAAGUGAGCGUCAAAAAUCCUCUCACUGGUAAAACCGCAACGAUUCGGAAUGUGAACUUCGAUGCCAGUUACAAGUCAAUCUACAUUCAGAGUGCCAAGCUGGACGGCAAGACGUGGACAAAGAACUGGCUCACUCAUGAUUUUUUCACUGAAGGAGGUGUGCUCGAAUUGGAGCUUGGCUCAACUGAAAGCAAAUGGGGAACCAAGACAGAGGAUCUGCCUCCCAGUCUGAGCAACUAUCACCAGUAA